UAAUUGAAUCUACAAUACCUGCAAGCUGUGAAUAUCUAUGGUCGAUGGUACAACCGUGUGGGUAGCUUGCAGAGGGACAAACAAUGCGUUUGGUUGACGGCAUGAAUGGAGGUGCGAUUGGACGGAUUCACACAGAACCUGGAUCGAGCAAAGUUCUCUUCGGUCCAGACGGCACGCUUGCUUAUGUCAACCAUAUCAAAUCCCGAACAGUGAGCGUUAUCAGCGUUGUUGAACCCGAGGUCAUAGGCACGAUCCCUAGCUUUGCAGAUGCUUUCUCCGAUAUGAUGAUUUCAGCUGAUGGCCUUCGUCUUUGGGUUGUACACAAAAUGGUAGGGAAAACAAGCAUUAUUGGUCUCUUGACUAGAACAGUUGUGGGAGUCCUCGAUACUGGAGCAGAAAGCAACCAUCCCAUCUUCGCGAUUGUGAAUGGCAGCAUAUAUAGCUUCGUUACAGUAGCAGCAACGAAUGAGACGAAAGUCUACAGCCAAGACUGUCCAUCGACAAUGCCGCUCUUCGUUACUUCAAUCAAAGUUUCUGGGAUUGAGCCUCAUGGAAUUUGGGGAAGUCUAGAUGAGACUCGAAUUUAUUGGGGCAACGAGCACAGCGACACUAUGGAUGUAGCUGACACAUCGUCUAUGCGUCUUUUCGCUUCAGUGCCUGCUGGUCAAGAGAGCCAAGUACUUGUCUAUGUAGCAGGUGCUGUUCCGGCUGCUUCCAAUGACACCGAAAAUCUCGGAACUCAAGGGCAAGAAAAAGGGGUUGAGAACCAUUUGAUCAACGUCACGAAUUCAAUAAAUUCGACAGCUUUAAUCACAAUUGGAGGGCUGAAUGGAUUGGACAUUUUUCACAUGAUUGGCCGAGAUUUGGAGAUUAAUCAGAGACAUGUUGCGACUGCGAUUUGUACUGGUUGUGGUGGAAAAGAUUGAAAAUCGUGAGCUUCAAGGCAACGAUACCGAUUGAGGAGAUUUUGGGCUGCGCCACUGCUCCUCAGGUGCUGGCGUUCUUGAGUUUCUUCGAGAAUUACGACGUCGAUAGUGUUGGAGUGAGUCUUGCUUAGCAUGGCUCUUGCGUCAGCCCAUAUUUUGCACGUGCAACUCAGAAUCUUUAGACUCGGCUGUUGAUGCCGUACCUCAUAUUUGAUUUCAUGA